AUGUCAGCUUCAAACUUCCUAGAUUCUCCUCUUCAGUUUGUGAAAACACCUCGAAUAAUUAUCCAAUACUGUACCAAAUGUAAAUGGACCAAUCGUGCGUUUUGGUAUGCGCAAGAAUUAUUCCAAACAUUUACUGAUCCAUUGGAUAUUGCCGAGAUUGCACUACAACCACGAGUUGACAUUCCUGGGACUUUUCAAAUCUUGAUACAAGUAAAAGAGAAGAUUGCCCUUGUAUAUAGAAGGAAAUUUAAAAAAGUAACGAAUCGAAAUAGUCAAGAUAAUUGUGAAGAUGAAUAUGAUGGAUUUCCCGAUGCAAAAUUUUUGAAAUCUUUGGUUCAUAAGAAAUUGGAAAUCUUGAGAAAAGAGCAAAGUGGAGAGGAUGGUGGUGAAGUAGAAGGAGGACCUAAGAUAGGUGAUCAUUUAUUGGGCGAAGGUAGUUUCUUGAAUGAGGGAGACAAGGGCGCCAAAGGCGACUAUGCCGAUAAAGAAAAGACUGUUGAUCCUGGUGAUUUUCAGGAUUGUAAAGAAUGUAGAUUACAAGAGGUGUAA